AGAAGUGAAUAUCAAUCAGAGAGGACUCAACGACAGAAAAAGAGACGUAGAGAAGUUGGAAGGAGACGAAAAACAUUGAGCUAUAUUAGCAAACUGUCUUCUCGGACAAGGUUUUGAGCCGUAGUCCGUACGUUGAGAAUGGGUUCUUUUAUUUUUAAGCCUUUACAAGGCAUACAUUAGACUUGGGCUUGGAUUACCGUCGUCACCGGAGACCUAAAUCCACCCGUUAUAAACAUUUUGCGCGUGCGGCAUUCUUGCGCUGCCGCCCGGACGGAGUUUCUAUUCGCCCUUCGUUGGAUUUGCAGUGGGAGAGAUGAGUGACAGGAGACGGUCCGCUGCUGCGCUGAGUUCACGAGCGCACGCCUUCUCGGUUGAAGCCCUGAUCGGGACAAACAAGAAGCGGAAGCUUCGUGGCUGGGAAGAAAAGGAGCUGGAGCUGUCUAUGGAGAGCCUCGCGAGCAACGGACAAUUGGGAGACGGAGAGGAUCCCGCUAAUUGUCUGGAUAUCGACCCUGAUUCAGAGGCCAGCCCGGGCUCUGACGGCGAGGGUCUGGCGGAGCGGACGUCCUGCUCGUUCGGCUCCCCGGCGGACCUGACUUCCGCCGCCUGCGACCCCUCACCAUCAGCCUCUAUGGAGGAGAUCCAGGUGGAGCUGCAGUGCGCUGACCUGUGGAAACGCUUCCACGACAUUGGCACAGAAAUGAUCAUUACAAAAGCUGGAAGGAGAAUGUUCCCUGCUAUGAGGGUAAAAAUAGUGGGAUUGGAUCCACAUCAGCAGUAUUACAUUGCCAUGGACAUUGUACCAGUGGACAACAAGAGAUACAGGUAUGUGUAUCACAGCUCGAAGUGGAUGGUGGCGGGAAAUGCGGAUUCGCCAGUGCCGCCCAGAGUUUACAUUCACCCAGAUUCACUGGCUUCAGGAGACACCUGGAUGAGACAAGUGGUCAGCUUUGAUAAACUCAAACUUACCAACAAUGAGCUGGAUGAUCAAGGCCAUAUCAUCCUGCACUCGAUGCACAAAUAUCAGCCCCGUGUCCAUGUGAUCCGGAAAGACUUUAGCAGUGAGCUCUCGCCAACCAAACCUGUUCCUACUGGAGAAGGAGUGAAGACAUUCAGCUUCCCAGAGACUGUCUUCACCACAGUCACAGCCUACCAGAACCAACAGAUUACCCGUCUAAAGAUCGACCGCAACCCAUUUGCCAAAGGAUUCCGGGACUCAGGGAGAAACAGGACCGGGCUGGAGGCAAUAAUGGAGACGUAUGCUUUUUGGAGACCUCCAGUGAGGACACUGACAUUUGAGGACUUCACCAACAUGCAGAAGCAGCAAGGAGGGAGCACUGGCACCUCUCCCACUACCUCCAGCACUGGUACUCCAUCCCCCUCCGGCGCGACACACCUCCUCUCCCCUUCGUGCUCCCCUCCUACCUUCCAUCUGGCACCCAACACCUUCAAUGUGGGCUGCAGGGAGAGCCAGCUGUGUAACCUGGGCUUGUCUGAGUACCCCGCAUGUGCCAGAAGCAACAUGGCUGCCUUGCAAGGCUACGGAGGAUUGGCUGAUGGAUCCUACGGCCGCCUCCAGACCACAGGAGGCGCUGUAGCCUCCGCCCAGGCCUCAGAAUCCUUCUUGCCUCAGAGGACUUCCUCUCUCAUUGCGGCAGGAAUGCAGGGAGGAGCUCAUGGUUCAUUGGCCACUGGUAACAGUGGCAGCGGUAGCGGUGGAGGCAAGAUGGAUGCGUAUGGAAGUCAGCUGGCCUCUUUUCCUGCGUCCCAACUGCAGUACGUCAUGCAGGCAGGGGCCAGCUCAGCCUCUGGGUCAUCGGCUUCAUCCGGCUCUUCCUCAUCCUCUGCUCAUAUGUUCUCUGGGAGCCAUCAUCAUGUGCAGCAGAGCACAUAUAACGCCUUUUCCCUUCACAAUCCCUAUAACCUAUAUGGAUACAACUUCCCGGCCUCACCGCGCCUGGCUGCCAGCCCGGAGAAGCCUCAGGGUGGCUUACUGUGCUCCUCGUCCUCCGCCGGAGCUUUUGCUGAACGCCAGUACCUGUCUAACGGUGGCAUGGACAGUAUGCAUAUGAUAGGCAACCCCACUGGCAGCCAACAGGGGGCUGGCAGCUGUGACGGCCGGCAGUAUGGCUCUUCUUCGCAGAUGUCCAUGCACAUGGUUUGAAGCAAUUGAAAAAGCAAAAUAAACCAAAAACAGAUCAAAAUACCAAACACGAACAGCUGCUGCAGUUUUUAUGCUCACCGUUUCUGGGUGUUCAGAGUUUUAUUAUUCAAAAUGUCAACAUUCAGUGUGGACUUUUUAUCAUAUCACCACUUCAUCAGACUAAAAUGGAGUUAAAGUGUUCAUCUCUUACAUGAAAUGGCUUCAACGCAAAUGGAUACACAAGAUAAAAAUGACCCAUCCAACCUGACUGUUGUUGUUGCUGACUUGCCGACCUCAAUGGUGUGCAAAACUGAACUGAAAUAAAAGAGGUCGGAGAUUUAGAAGAUGGAUUCUGUUGAGGAUUCAUAUUUGGUGCAAUAAUGACAGCCGUAACUGUCCCACAUGUACGAAAGACAUCAGCUUGAACAAAACAUAUCCUCAAAACUGUGAGUGAAUAAGUCAGACGUGUUGUGUUGAUAAUAUGCAAUGCUUGUCAUAAAGUUUGUGAUGCAAUGUUUGAAGCUGACUGGCUCUUUCAGAGUCUCAGGACAGCCAAGUAAUAACAGGGUUUCUGUAUGUUUCUGACAAUCUGUUACUAAAUUGCCUAUUGGUUUGGAAAUGGCUUAACCAUAUCCCGAGUGGAACAUAAACAUAUAAGCAAUAGUGAAUGCACGCAAAGCACAUAGGUUUUAAAUUGUUGUGUGGAUAAAAACCAUAGGAAGACAAGGUAAUUAUGCUUUGGAGUGUUUGUAAAUGAAUAUAUUUAAAUGCUAAGCAAUUAUAUGGCCAGUGUAUGAUGUUGAAUUAAAUCAGUGUGGGUGGAAUGAACAAAUGUUGUUUUAGGCUGUAAAUACAAGUGCCAAGCACAUAAAGCUCAUCAAAUAAACAUUAUAAGUUCUCUGUA